UCACCCAAACAAAAAUCACAUAGAUAUGAUCUAAUUCAACGGUUCUUCUGAUCAACGCUUCGAUCUUCCAUGGAACCAGUAGCGGCAGCGUCACCCUCUGUGGAACCCCUCCACUCCCCAACAGUCGCUCUCGCACCGACGCAAAACGGCCACCCACCGGCACCCUCUGCCGCCGACUUCGGUCCCGAGCCCGGAAUCCCGUCGCCCUCAAAAUCCACCGUCAAUUCCGGAAAAUCCAUCACCGUUAACAAGAAAAAGAUGAAGAUGAUGAAGAAGAAGAAGAAGAAGAAGGUCCCCGUGGACGUCCUCGAUGAGCCCUCGUCUUCAACGUCAUCGUCUUGCUCUGCCACUCACUGCGCGCAAAGAGGGGUUCGCCUUGCCAGUAGGCAAAGAAACCCUAGAGUCUCGAUCGGCUGUUCGGCUCGGCAAAAGGAGGCCGAUGUGGACGCUUUGGCGCUUACUCUUGGAAUGUCGAUUGCAGCUGUUGUCGCACAGGUUCUGGAAAGAAAGGAUGCUGGUGGGCAAACAAUAUAUUUGGAUCAUCUUUCUCAGAUCUAUGCUUUGGCUGUCAAAGAAUCUUUAGCGAAUUUUGUCUUCGUUGGAUGUGUAAUACAGGUUUUUGGGGACAGGUUUGAUUCAUUUGCAAGGAACUUUGAGAAAUCAUUCCGGAGCACCUUAAUGACUCUCAGAUUAAUUAAUGAAUCUUCCCAACAUACAGGGGAGCAUUCAGGAUAUGUGAACAAACGAACUAACUAUUUAGAUGCAACUCCUGGGGCAUCUGUCAACAAAGAACAUGGUUUCACAUGUGGUUCUGGAUUAGAAGAAGGUUGUCAAUCAGAAAUGGUCCAGCAUACUAUCAGCUCUGAGGAACAUUUUAACAUUCUUGAAGAGACAGAACAAAAUACGCCACCAGAUUCAAUAAAUCGGGAGUUGAUUCUUCAUGGAGUAUUAAACCGGCAGUUGGAUUGUGUUUCACCCCGCAUGGAGUAUUCUGUAAUUAGCCAAUCCAUGCAUGGAGCCCUUGAAAAAUCUGUCAUUGAACAAACUCGUUCCAAUGACCUGAAGGAAUUUGAGAUUGGUCUGAUUGUGAAAAGGUUGGAAUUGAAAGAGAAACAAUUAGCUCUUAGUUCUCAUUCAAAUUUCAUAGAGAGGUGUAAAUUAUCCAUGGGUAUUUCAAAGGCAUCAUUUAAAGAAGAGAAAUUCAAAAGUGAAUUAGAAGAAACAAGGCAUGCUGAGCUGCUCAGAAAAUGCGUAGACUGUCUUGUUGGUGGGUUGCUCAUCAUGUUGGCCUCACUUGCCUAUGGAACUUAUGUUUAUUCAUAUAGCAGGAUAAUUGAAGCUACUGCAUCAUGCACCCCAUCUCAGGUUUCCAAAUCUUGGUGGCUCCCAAAGCCUAUGGCCUCUGUCAAUUCAGGACUGCAGAUCCUGUGGUGUCUGGUUCAGGUUGUUAGCCGAAUGAUAUUUGGUAUGUUGAUGAUCCUGGCAAUUGUUUAUUUGCUUCUCAUCCGUUCUUCAGCUUCAGCACAGAGAAUGCCAGUUACAUUCAUUAUCUUGCUAGGCUUUGCCUGCGGUUGGGCAGGCAGGUUUUGUGUGGACACAUUGGGGGGCAGGGGAUCUCAUUGGCUCGGUUAUUGGGCAGUUCUGUGCUUGUUGCAUUUUCUCUCCAACAUUUGUACCUCAACUUUGUUUCUUAUUCUCUAUGGUCCCGUUACUGUGCCUGGAGGAGAGACAUACAGGAAGACCAUAUUUCCACACUGGAUUAGGCGAUCUAUGUUCUAUGCGACCAUACUUCUCUUUCUCCCAUUGAUGUGCGGUCUUAUGCCUUUCGCAAGCCCUGCUGAGUGGAAAGAUCACUUUGCAUCGAGGGCAAUGGAUUUCUUCCAAGCUACAAGUGAUUGAAGAAGGAGCUGGUGAGCUUAGAAUCUGUUACUGCAUUUUGCAGCAAUUGGAGGCUACAUAUUCUCCUUGGUCUAGGACUCGGAUGCCGGCACGUUUGUUAAGCAAACGCGGGCGCAUUAGACUCGUGUUGAUUCAAAUGAUUCAGUUGACAGUGGCCUUCAGUUUGCUUUGUGUUUAAUAGGGGUUUUCUAUUUAACUGGAAUCCAUUGGAGAUAUAGGUUGACUUGUACCUUAUUUGUGCUGUAAUGUUAAGUUGUGUUAUGAGAGCAGAACCAAUGGCAUAUGAAUGGUCUAAAUGUUUAAUAGGGGUUUUCUAUUUAACUGGACUCCAUUGGAGACAUAGGUUGACUUGUACUUAAUUUGUGCGGUAAUGUUAAGUUGUGUUAUGAGAGCAGAACCAAUGGCAGAUGAAUGGUCUAAAUAUUAUGUUGGUGUAUGAGAGAACCCAUUUACUGGCUGUUCAGCAUUGAAACCAUUAAUGUUCGUGUGGAGUGAAAAUUGUUUUUCC